UAAUGGCAAAAUCAUAAAGAUCUAAAGUUAUGCGAAGAUGGAGAUCACUUAAGAGAGAACAUCUCCAAAAUGUUAAAGUCAAUUAAGAUCUUCAUGAAUUAAAUUAAAAAUUAGAGGCAACCAUACAAAAUGUAAAUUUCCUUAUUUUUAUAUACUUUAGAGAUUUCAAAGACCUACUCAACCCAAAAAUAAGUUUCUACAUCCUGAUGAUCCCACUGCCUAAAUCCCUAAAUUCAAACCUUAACCUAUUAUUGAUUUUAGAAGUUAAUCACUACCUUAUUCAGCCACUUAAUUUGUUGGGGCUAGAAGAAAACCAGUUCAAGAAGUAGUUUUCAAGCCAGAACCAGAAGUUGAAGAGGAAAUUGAAAUGAAUGAUUAACCAUAAAACGAAGAGGUUUAACAUGAUGAAGCAGAUGAUUUGAUUAAUGCUAUGGAAGGAGUCAGAGUCAAAUCCAAACGAGAAAUAAGAAGAGAAAACAAAGCCAGAGCUAUGGAAGAGAUCAUUCCAUUAACAAAAAAUAAAUAAAUUAAAAAAAACAGAAGAAAGGAAUUAUAACCAGCAAGAAAAUCAAAAAAAAUAAUUACCUUUUGAUU